AUGGCCAGCGGAUCAAGUUCCAUCAGCACAGAAAAAGAAGCGGAAAUGUUCGACCGCCUGUUCGAGCUCGACGGCGAAGACAUCAGCUGGGUCAAGAAGCGCAUCUUUGACCGCCUCGCCACCUGCAAAGCGUAUCUGGGCGAGCGACCCCCUCAAUUCCGAAAGGCCCUGCGCGAGGCGGAAGAGGCCUCCGUCAUCGCGUUCGCCGAGGGCAUGACCGACAUCGAGUCCAAGAUCAACUUCUACAUGGCCCACUGCUACCGGGGCCUGGGCAAGUGGGAGGAGGCUUACAAGUUCUACAUGGCCAGCACCGUCGACUCGCAGGACAUUUACUGGCUGCAGGGCUUGCAGAGCUUCAGCAGGCAGAAGAUGGAGGGCGAGAGGAAUCCGGAGCUCAGGCGGAUUGCAUCGUCGGAGCCAAAGUGGAAGGUCUACGAAGUUUGA